GGUGAUCCAGUGAAGUCAGUGUCAGUGAUGGAGGGAGAUUCAGUCACUCUAAACUCUGAUACUGAACUACAGACAGAUGAUGUGAUACAAUGGCGGUUUGGAUCCAAAAACUCUCUUAUAGCUACAAUCAACAGAGGGACUGGAAUCUUCUCCACACAAGAUGAGAGAUUCAGAGACAGACUGAAGCUGGAUCAUCAGACUGGAUCUCUGACCAUCAUGAACAUCAGAAACACAGACUCUGGAGAAUAUCAAAUCAGGGCAAAGAUCAUAUACAGAUUCAGUGUUGCUGUCUAUGCUCGUCUACCUGUCCCUGUCAUCAGCAAUAACUCUUCAUCAUCAUCAUCAUCAUCAUCAUGUUCAUUGGUGUGUUCAGCUGUGAAUGUGAGUCAUGUGACUCUCUCCUGGUACAAAGGAAACAGUUUAUUGUCCAGCAUCAGUGAGUCUGAUCUCAGCAUCAGUCUCUCUCUACCUCUGGAGAUUGAGUGUCUGGAUGAUUCGUACAGCUGUGUGGUGGCUUAUUCAUUCACCAACUUGACUACACAUCUCAACAACACUGAUUUCUGUCAGCCAUGCUCAGAAUGUAUCCAUUGUUGUGGUUCUACUGAAGCUGUGAUCCGAUUGGCUCUCUCUGCUCUGGUGGGCGUGGCUGCUGUUGCUGUGCUGGUUUAUGACAUCAGACCCAGAAAAGAUGAACAGCAGAGAAGAUCAAACCCUCACACUGAUUAACCAUAUUCUCAUGCCAGACACCAGGGUGAUAUUAACAAAAUAAUAUGUCAAUGAGUAAGGGAUAAUAUACAGUCAGCCAGACAUUAUCACAAAUUAAAUCUAGACAGAGUGACAGGGACUCCAAUAUUUAUUAUACAAGUUAACACAUGAAACAUUGGUCUGGAGCUUGAAAUGACUUUGUUAGCUAAUCAAUCCUGUUUUGAGUCAUUAAUAUGGUUGCAUUCACACAUGUUGCUAUGAUGUUUGCUUCUCAUGAUA